AUGACCCGUGGUAACCAGCGCGAGCAAGAUCGAUUACGAGCGGCGAAGAAGGCACCUGCCAAGAAGCCAAAAGAGAGUGCUACCAAUCUCGCAAAGCGCAAGGAGGCUGAUGCUGAGGCACUACGUGCGAAGCAGAAAAAAAAGGAAGAGGAAAAAGCCGCUGCUGGCUCCUCCGGCAAAUAA